AUGAUGAGCUUGAGUCGAUUAUUUCCAAGAUCGAAUUCCAGUUUUUUCUUAUGUAGUGGAAACGCCCUACAAUCUGAAGUUUUACGCUUCAGGCAAGAAAUGUUCUUGGUGGAUGCAGGACUUGGGACCCCCAGAAUUUGUAUGCAAGAUGAGCUUACAGGGGUGCCAAUCAACCGAGCCACCAGGUUUGAGAAUAGGGUGGGAUUCCUGGAUCUAGUGGCCGGUGAAUCACUGAUCAAAGAGCAGAUUUUGGAGAGAUUCUUCAUCGAUCUAGUGGCCGGUGAAUCACUGAUCAAAGAGCGAGCAGCCGCCAGGUUUAAUGAUUUGGUGGGAUCUACAGAUGUAGUGGCUGGUGAACCGCUUCUUCUUCUUCCACGAAGAUUCAGACAAAACCGAGCUUGGAUGGAACUGAACAAGAUUGAGCGAACGAAGGCAAAGAUCAAAGGCUUUAUUAUUGAGAAAGUAAAAGGAGGUUAUUCAGUAGCCAUCGCAGGUUUCAUUACUUUUCUUCCAUUCCGCCGCAGAAGGAAAAGGAUAUUGAAUAAUCAAUUCACCGUUGAAAACAUUAACCCCAAAAAGAAGAAUAUUGUGGUCUUCUAA